UGCAGAUGAGUGUGCAGGAAUAUGAGUUGUUGAAUGUCAAAGAAGAUGAGAGUUGUUUACAGCAAUACCGGAAGAGCUGCAUGAAGAACAUGCACGAGCGACUGAGCUUUGCGCCAAGGCAUGGCUAUGUUUCUGAGCUGCAGGAUGGGAAGGAGUUCCUGGAAGCUGUGGAGAAAGAACACAAAGCCACCACUGUAAUUGUCCACAUCUAUGAAGAUGACAUCAAGGAGUGUGAGGCACUCAACAGCAGCCUUACUAAUCUUGCUGCUGAGUAUUCCAUUGUGAAAUUUUGCAAAAUCAAGGCUACUAACACAGGGGCAGGAGACCGUUUCUCCAGUGAUGUUCUUCCAACACUGCUUGUCUACAAAGGUGGGCAGCUUGUAAGCAAUUUCAUUAGUGUAACUGACCAAUUGAAUGGAGAAUUUUCUGCUACAGAUGUGGAGACUUUCUUAAACGAGUAUGGGUUACUCCCUCCGAAAGGAAUUCCAGAACUUGACAAUGGUGACAUGGAUGAACAAGAAAUUGAACAGUAG